UUUUUCCAACCGCCAUUAAAAUAUAUUUAUAUAAAAAACUACUAUAAGUGAACGGCGAGGGUUCAGAAAAUUCCAACGUUAAAUUCUUCUAACUUGUAAGAGUAUAUUAUUCGCAGUUUUACACCGAUGAGAGUAUAAACAUUAGCCUGUCGGUUGUUAUUACAGAGCUGGGUUUGUUAUAUAUAUAUAUUGCAUUUAAGUGCAUCAUUAAAUUCAGUAGCCACGAGGUGACCUGUUAGAUUGUCUGAGUUCACGACCACCGCUGCGAUGCCUGAUUAUAAACCAGGUGUAUUUAGUCUGUUUUUAUGUUUAAUGUGGUUUUACAAACUGUAUUUCUGGCGCUUUUGAGACUCGAGCUGGCGCAAGUGGACACUUCUGGACAAGGCCUAGUCCUGCGGCUUGGACUGUAUUCUUCCUCACUUAUUUCUCGUUGUGAUGUGACCGGAUCAGGAACCGCUUGUAAUUAAACGCUAUUCCCAGUUCAGAGCCUGAAAGGCACCCAAACAGAUAAUUCUGUUUGAAAACUAGCAAGUGACUCCAUCAGCUAUGGAGGAGAUUGUGAGCCCUGAGCUAGCUCAAACUCCUAAGCCUGAGUCCAGCCAGGAUUUGGAUUCCAGUUCACAAGCUCCAGCUGUCGUGGCAGAAGAGGAAAACGACAACAAGGGUGAGACAGGCCAAAGUGAUGCCGUUUGCAAAGACCAAAUAGAGGACUUGGAGAAAUCAGCCAAGAACUCCACUGAGCUUAAGAAAACUUGGGGUUUCCGAAGGACCACCAUUGCAAAAAGAGACAUGGCUGGAGAGACAGCAGGCAUAACGGAGAGUCCUGGAGCACCGGUGCGACGAAGCGGCAGGCAGGCCAAGCGCACUGAUAAGCUCGAGGAGUUCCUGGUGACGGUCAAGCGAGGGAGAGGAGCAGCAAGACGUAGCGCCCCCGCUCACCUGGAAAGUGGAGAUCCACCAUCUGAAACCGCAUCAGAGGCCAGCUUUGACGGAAACGCUGAGCUUAAAGUGACCGAAAGCAAAACAUCCCCAGCGAGGAGGACAAGAGGGAGGGGCAGGGGAAGGGUAACCCCCAAGCCCAAAGCUGACAUGGCUGGCUCAGCCAGUGAUGACGAUAGUUCAGAGAACGAAGAGAGGGUGACAAAAACAACGCAGGAAAAGCUUGAGAUAGAGACUGGUGCAGAGGAUGCCAUGACAGAGGAAGUCAUAAAAGAACUGAAGCCAGAAGAAUCAGAGAAGCAAGAUGAAGAGACGAAUAAGGAGGAAGUGUCUGCCAACACAAGGCAAUCAAGAAGUCCUUUGAAAUCGGGCCCCAAAAGAGAAGCCAAGCCUAAAGCAGGUGCCUGCAAAGAGAAGGACGAGGAGGAAGAAGACGAGGAGUCGUCGUCAUCGAGCGAGUCUGAUAAUGACGGUUAUGAUCCAAAUGCACUUUACUGCAUCUGCAGGCAGAAACACAACAAAAGGUUCAUGAUCUGCUGUGACCGCUGUGAGGAGUGGUUCCACGGAGACUGCGUGGGCAUUACGGAGGCACGCGGCCGCCUAAUGGAGCGCAACAGUGAGGACUAUGUGUGUCCCAACUGCACAGGCAGGAAAGCCCAGAGCACCAAGCCUUCUAUCUUGACAACAGGUGCUGAAACCAGCAAACCUCCUGCUACUCCUCUUGCUGUUCGCAAGGCAGAGCCCAGUCCAGCUGUUAGCCAAGCCAAUGUCCAAGCACUUACAACUGCUGCUGGUCCGUCUCCUUCUGCUACUGCUUUUCCUGCUACUACAGCUGUUCCUGCUGCAGAAGAAAAGACCGGGGAAGAAGUCGGCAUCAAGGGCAGGAUUGAGAAAGCUUCUAACCCAAGUGGCAAAAAGAAAAUAAAGAUUUUCCAGCCGCAGGUGAUGACGACUGCAGAGGAAUCCUCUCUCCCCAAGUGCAUCGGUCCUGGCUGUGAGAGGGACGCUUUGCCUGACUCGGUGUAUUGUGGUAAUGACUGCAUCCUCAAGCAUGCGGCUGCUGCCAUGAAGACCAUCACUACUGACAGCAAGGAGACUAAACCCAAGGACAAGCCCAAGCCAAAAAUCCUGAAAAAGCCUUCAGUCGUAUCGACAGUCAAGAGUUCGGUUCCCGAGCGAAGGAGCAGCCGGAGGUUCGCCGACUCGUCCAGCAAAGCUCAGGAGGAGUCUGUGGAUUCAGAAGGCCACGAAGAUGAAGAGGAGGACGAAGAAGACAGAGUUGCAGAGGAGCAUCCGCCACCCCCAGCCAUGUCGUCCUGGUCCAGCGACCAUAAUUACAUUGCAGUAGCACCAGAAAAGACUACAGCAAUAGCACCAACUGUGUUAAACAAAGCGUCAGCUACUCAGAAAGAUGAGGAAGACAAAACAGAAGAAAGUGAACCAGAAAAGAAAGAGCCAGCUCCUAUUGAGAAGAAACCCCCAGCAGCAACGGUGUCUCCCAAAGGAGGCAAAAAGUCCCUAGGCCAGAAGAUGGCCAAGCAUGGCCCAGUCUUGAUGCCCAAAGGCAAAACAAGCACUAGGUCCUCAAGCAGUGCCAAAGACCUGAAAAAACAGUCUCCAACCCAAGGCAAAUUGGUCAAAUCCAAAAAACCAGCACCACCCCCUCCUCCCAUUCCAGUCUUCUCUUCUUCUGGUCCUCCUGGAUCAUCACGGCUCCAUCCUACUGGUGCACUGAGCGUUGGCAAGAGUACCUUCACCAUCCCCAAAAAGCAGCCACAGUCUGGGGUGAAGGAAUCUGCAAGUUCUGGACCCUCUUCGGCUUCCAAGAUGCCUCCUGUGUCCGUGCCCUCUAGCUCCCACAGCCAGCCAUCGGCAUCCAAGUCCACGCCACCAGCAGCACCUCUCCCUCCACAAGCACCUCCGAACAACCAGAUGAGGUCCAACAUCCGUCGAUCGCUCACUGACAUUCUGUACAAAAGGGUGAGUGAUAGCGAUGAUCUCUCCAUGUCUGAGAGCGAGGUGGGCAAGCUGGCUGUCAGCAUCGAGAAAGAAAUGUUCAAUCUGUACAUGAACACAGACAGCAAGUACAAGAACAAGUACAGAUCCCUCAUGUUCAACCUCAAGGACCCUAAAAAUAAGGGCUUGUUCUAUCGUGUGAUUGGUGGAGAGGUCAGCCCGUUUCGCUUAGUGAGACUCAGCCCUGAAGAACUGCUCUCUAAAGAGAUUUCUGAUUGGAGGAAAGCCGGUACCUCUGAGAAUCUGGAUCCUAGUGGAAGGACCCAACCAGGGCAGUCCAAAGUUGGAUCCAAACAGGAUGCAGCUCCCCCUGAUGUUGACAUGGAAGAAGCUCCUUCCAUGUCUGAUGGAGAUGAUCAUCAGGAGUCCCACCCUUCUGCCACACCUCAGAGUUCUGCUUCUACUGGGAAAAGCAGUGCUGUCCCAGAUAUCUUGAGCAACAUGUUGAAAGACACCACGGCGGAACACAGGGCUCACCUGUUUGACCUUAACUGCAAGAUCUGCACAGGUCAGAGGUCAGCGGACGAUGAGCCAGCAGCCAAAAAGCCCAAAAUGUCACUUCCGAAAAAACAAGACCCUCCUGAAAAACCCAAAACGGAGCAACGACCCUCCAAGGUGCCAGCAGACCAACCGAAUGUCUCCUACUCUGUCAGUGACGUGUCUACACCUCUUCAAACAAGUAGCGUGGAAGACAAGAGCAGCACGGUGCCUGUGGUCAUGCCGGCAGUUUCUUCUGUCACUAUAAGCCGCCGUGACCCUCGUACUGCCGGCCACCGCUCCUCUACAUCUCUCGCGCAGACUGAGCCUGAUGUCAGUAUGCCUGUUGGGGCACCAGUCAGUGUACCUGUUGUGACCCCUCUGCCCCCUGAAGCCCCUGUGGUGGAUACGAAGGGGCCGUUGCCUAUGCCACCUCCAGCUCCGGUAGCUCUGCCUAAACCUGUGAUGCCAAAACAAGACACUUCAACAGAAUCGCGGCACUACGGGGCCAGCGCAUCCAGCAUGACCGAGCUCCCUCCUGAAGGAGAGACUGCUCUGUUCCUGUCAGGACAGGAGAUUAUGUGGAAAGGAUUUGUCAACAUGCACUCUGUUGCCAAGUUUGUCACGAAGGCCUACCUGGUUUCGGGAUCCUUUGAGCAUCUCAAGGAGGACUUGCCUGAUACCAUUCACGUUGGUGGUAGAAUAUCACCACACACAGUUUGGGACUAUGUGGGUAAAUUGAAGACUUCAUUGUCAAAAGAGCUUUGCCUUAUUCGUUUCCAUCCAGCAACCGAAGAGGAGGAAGUUGCGUACGUCUCCCUGUUUUCUUAUUUCAGCAGCCGCAAGCGGUUUGGUGUAGUGGCCAACAGCAACAAACGAAUCAAAGACCUUUACCUCAUUCCACUGAGCUCCAAGGACCCUCUGCCUACUAAACUCUUACCUUUCGAUGGACCAGGUCUCGAGCCAGCUCGUCCGAAUCUCCUGCUUGGGCUGUUAAUUUGUCAGAAAGACAAGAAACGUGCUGGAGCCCCUCUGGAAAGUGAGGAAAAACGUUCUAAAACACAGCGAGAUGAUGAGACAGGCCUCCCAAAACCAAUCGUUGUUAACAAAACUGAUAAAGCCACGCGAAUCAGUCAGGAGCCCAUAAGCACGACUCCGCCUGGAACUCCACCCCCUCUCAGCAGUUCCGAGUCCUCAGUUGGUCCACUUGCAUCAUCAGUGUUUUCCAUCUUGUCCUCUGUCAAGGCACCUGUUGUCACCACAAGUGCAGGCGGUAAUUCCCCAUCAAGUACGGCCACUCCAGCGGUUCCUGCCGCAUCUGCCACUCCUCUUCAGACCAUCCUAAAAACGUUGUUUGGUAAGAAGAAGGAUUCUGAAGCUUCUCAGUCCCCUACAGAUCGAAGUUCAACUGAUGUUUCUGUUCCUCUGCUGGAUCCGAUAGUUGAGCAGUUUGGCAUUGCAAAAGGUAAAAAUGUAGAUGAACAAGAGGAUGAUAGGCCAUAUGACCCAGAAGAAGAAUAUGAUCCCAGUGUUGCAUAUGGUAAAGAAAAGCCUGAUGAUACUGUGGUCUCUAAAAGCACAACACAAACUGAGGUCAGAACUGGUAUGGUAGAUGAUGUUGCAUAUGACCCUGAAGAUGACUCCAUUUUUGAGGAGGUGAAGGGUGAUCCAAGUUCCAAGAAGCACCUAGAGGAACAGGACCAGCAAAUGCCUGACGCUAAAUCUCUCUUAGCCAACACUCAGUUGCUUCAACUUGGUAAAAAGGUCGAGCAGUUGGUUGCAAAAAGCACAGCCACUACCCCAGUUAUUAAUCAGAGACGGGAUCCCAGGCAGAGUAGGGAUCCUAGACAGAUGAAUGCCAGUCAGAGGCUAAGCUCAGAUGAUUCUGUAGAGAAGGAAGAGGCUCCUGCUGUUACGUCUUCUAAUUCUACUACUUUGAGUAAUGCGUCUGCUGUUACUACUACUUUGAGUAAUACUGAUGCUACAGCUACUUCUACUACAAUAACGGACAAGCCUCCCCUUGACAUUGCUGCAAUACUAGACACAUUAACAUCACAACAGCCUAAAGUCUUAGACACUCCGUUACAAGAUGCUUUGAAUGUAGAACCAACAGAACCUUGUGCAACCACAGAUGCGUCACCAUCACAAGAUGACGCUAAUGUUGACGUGCAAAAAUUGAAUCCAACUGAUUCCCAAGUCGAGUCAUCCAAGCCAGAAGAGGAAUCAAACAGUGAAGAGGUGCCUUUCUUGGAUGCAGAUAGCACAGAAAUUCCACUUUUAGGGGAAAAAAUAGACCCUGAUCUCGUAGAAAGUUACCUGGACACAGAACCUAAAGAAAGUCCCAAAGAAAAUGAUGUUCCAUUUGAAUCAGAAAAUAAGAGUUUUGAAGAAAUUUGGCCUAAUUCUGCAACCAUUUUAAAAAAAGAGCCAAUCUCUUCUGUUGGAGAGUCUGCAUCUUCUACGACGACAUAUUACAACAUCACAACAAUCAGUACACCAAUAACUUCUAUGGGGAGGCCACAAGAUGUGACCCAAGUGAGUUCAUCUUAUAUGGAUUCACAUAGCUCUCAUAUGCCACACAUGACUGGGCCAAACUCACAAACCGAUUAUCGAGGUCCUUCAGACAUUCCACCUCCAGUGCCUUUCCACCCGCCAGUUGGGCCUCCACCUGCACUUGGUCCAUUACCAAUGACUGUUCCACCCCCCAUGCAUAUUCCACUGCCGAUGUCAGGGCCACCUCCUAUUUCUGGACCACCUCCAAUGCAAAUGCCUCCACCAAUACAAGGCCCACCUCCACCUCAUGGGGAAAAUGACCCGUCACAAUAUCCACCACCUGGCCCAUACGCACCUUACCAAAAUCAGUGGGGAAACAGUCCACAGUUUGAUGCUUCAAGAGGACCACCACCUCCUCCAAUAGUUACACCCAGAGGACCACCACCUUCAGUCCCACCAAUAGGUCAAAGAGGACCUCCACCUCAAAUAUUUAAUAACAACAUGCCCCCGCAUCAUAUAGGAUCACGAGGCCCACUUCCUGGUCCUCUUCCACCUGGUCCACCACCCCCUCCUUUUGAUGGACAAAGAUUCAACGGGCCUCCCCCACCUUUCAGCUUCCCUGGUCCCCGAGGCCCACCACUACCAUUUGGAGGCCCUCCCCCUGGUCAUUUUGACAGCAGGGCACUGCCACCAUCUCACUUCCCUGGGCCAAGAGGCCCUCCUCACAACAUUGGGGAACCUGGACCACCGCCUAAGAUCCCAAGAGGACCUGCUGACAAUGAUGGUGGAAGUUAUCAGCCAGGGAUUGAGCAACCCCAGGGAAAAACGGCAUCACACAAUUACAGAGACAAUCAGGGACCCUUACAUGGGCCUCCGUUUAGGGGACCUCCACCAAGCCACUUUGAUGGACGAAGAGGCCCACCUAGUUCUGCAGGAGAUAUUCCAGGGCAUCGAUUUCCUCCUCCUCCAAACCAAUUUCGUGGUUCACCGCAGGAUAGAGUAUCCUUUGAAGAGCCGAGAGGAGGAGGGUCUUCCCAAGACUUGGAAAGACACAGGGGUCCUACCCCUCAGCAUUUUGGAGGGCCAAGAGCUCCCCUGCCAGGACACUACUCUGAUAAUGAUGCUGGAGGUCAGACGUCACGCUACCAGCUCAAUGACCAUCUAAAUGACAUAAGACCUGUAAGGGGGCCUCUGUUACCUACUCCUUCUGAAGGUCCCAUCCCGGUACCAGGCCGCAUGGGUGGGCAUAGCCCAGAAUCCCAUCGUGAUGACCACUGGAGAAGACACUCCCCUGAAAUGAGAAGACGCAGCAGCUCAACUCGAGAUGGUUCUGAAACUCAGGACAGGUCAAGUCGCUUUGACAGUGGCCCCCGUGAUCGAGAUGGAGAAGAAAGGCAACGAGAUGUGUCUGAAGACAGAAGGAGGGAUAGAGACAGGGAUGGGCUGCAUGGAAGCCGAUCAUGGGGCUGGACCAGAGACCGUGAAUGGGAUCGUGGUAGGGAGAGAGACCGCGAUAGAGAUAGGGAUAGAGACCAUAGUAGAGAUAGGGAUAGAGAUAGGGAGAGGGACCAUAGCAGAGAUGGGGAUAGAGAUCGAGAGAGAGACCACAGUAGAGACAGGGAUCGGGAUCGCAGCAGGGAGAGGGACCGGGAGAAAGAGCGUAGCAGGGACCGGGACCGGGAGAGAGAGCGUAGCAGGGACCGGGAGAGAGAGCGUAGCCGGGACCGGGAAAGAGAGCGUAGCAGGGACCGGGAGAGAGAGCGUAGCAGGGAUAGGGACAGGGAGAGAGAGCGUAGCAGAGACAGGGAGAGAGAGCGUAGUAGGGACAGGGAUAGGGACAGGGAGAGAGAGCGUAGCAGGGACAGGGAGAGAGAGCGUAGUAGGGACAGGGAGAGGGACAGGGAGAGAGAGCGUAGCAGGGAGAGGGACAGGGAGAGAGAGCGUAGCCGGGAGAGGGACCGCAGUAGAGGUAGAGACACCGAUCGGCACAGAGAAGGAGAUGGGGACAAGAGAAGGGAUCGGGAACGGGAUAGAGAUCGUGGCAGGGAGAGAGAAAGAGAAUCGGACAGAAAAGACCAUGACCGGGACAGAGGAAAGAACAGAGAAAGGGAUAGAGACCGUGACCGAGAUAGAGAGAGUAGAGACAAAAGACGAGAACGCUCAAGGAGCCGUGACCGGGACCGUGGAAGAGAAAGAGACAGAAGAGAGCGGGACCGAGAGCGGGACCGAGACAGAGAGAGGGAGAAGGACAGGGACAGGGAGAAGGACCGGGACAGGAGACAGAGGAGCAGAAGCAAAGACAGAAAAGAGGAGAAAAAAGACAGAUCUGAGACCUCAAGGGACACUGAGAAAUCUACUGAUAAUGAAGUCAUGUCAUAAUUUUUUUUUUUCCCCCCCCUACAGUGGUCAUGACAUCCUUCACGUUUGUCCAACUUUGGUAACCCCACCCCCCCACCCCCCAAAAAAAAAAAGAUUUUUGCAUGUUUGCAAAACUAAUCUACAUGGGUAGUUUUGAAAACAGUUUUGACCAUUUUUCGCUGCUUCCAUGACACAUUUUGUGCUCUUGGUUACAUUCAAGGACAUUGAUCUUGUGAAUUUCAUUUAAAGAUCUUAUUAGAGGGAUGUCGUCGUACCAUGCUACCCAUCACCUGCUAAAAUAUAUUUUAAAAGUACAUAAAGACGUGUAAAUAUGUAUUUGUGUAUAUACAUGUACGUUUUUAACUGUUCUUUUUUUUCUAGUAGAGAAGUGAAGCCAUAUAGCUUAAAAGGAUUACUGUAAGAAGGAUAAACCGUGGCCUUGAUGAACAAGGUCUCUGUAUGGUAAAACUUGUUCAGCAGUCAAUAAACACACCUGCAAGCUGUCAUCAGUCAGAUGUUCUGUAAGCUUUAUCCGGUUUUGUUUAUUAAACCACUCUUUGUACAAGA